AUGCAGGCCAAUUACAUGCUUUCGGAUAACCCGCUGUCUCUGGAUAGGAUACGAUCCAUUCUGACCAGGCUCGAGGAUACCAUCAUCUUCUCCCUCAUCGAGCGCGCACAGUUCGCCCACAAUCCGAAGAUCUACCAGCGAGGCGCGUUCCCAGACAUCAGUGACCUAGGCCCAAAGAGUCUCUUCGAAUGGUUCUUGAAAGAGACGGAGUCGUUCCAUGCCCGAGCACGGCGCUAUACUAGCCCCGAUGAAUACCCCUUCACCGAAAAUCUGCCCGAACCUAUCAUGCCCUCGCUGAAAUAUCCCAAAAUCCUCCACCCGAACAACGUCAAUGUGAACGCCUCCAUCAUGGCCUUCUACAUCUUCCACAUCGUUCCACGCAUCACACGUCAAGCGACCCUCAUCCUCGCCGCAAUGAAACGGUCGCAGGGCGUCAAGGGCGAAGAGGAGUUCGAGGACGACGGAAAUUACGGCAGCGCAGCUACCAUCGAUAUCGAGGUCCUGCAGGCCAUCAGCAAGCGAGUGCAUUACGGCAAAUUCGUCUCCGAGUCCAAGUUCGUCGAAAACCCUGCGGCUUUCAUCCCGCAUAUCCGUUCUCGGAAUAAAGAAGCCCUAGCCGGCCUGAUCACCAAACCCGAAGUCGAACGUCGUCUCCUCCAGCGUUUACGCAAGAAAGCGUCCACCUACGCGCAGGACUACGCACCAGACGGGGAGCCCAUCCCGUUGGCUAGUAGUGCUAAUGGGAAUGGUAGCGCGAAUGGGCAUGGAGGUGCGCUGGGCAAGUUGGAUGUGGAAGGUGUGGUGGAGUUGUAUGAGAACUAUAUUAUUCCGUUGACGAAGGAUGUCGAAGUCGACUAUCUUCUUCAACGACUCGAUGGCCUCUCGGAAGAUGAAGUCGAAGCACUGCUAAACCAACCGCCGCCCUAG